AUGAACAGGUAUUAUGAUUUGGUCGAUGCCAUAUUUUCCUUGAAAUUUGUGUUCAAAUCUAAUAUUAUUUUGAUCGGUGACUUCAACAUACCUGAAUACAGCUCCUACUUAAGGAGGCUGCUUGAUAUGGUUAUUUCUAAUAUGUCAUGUGAAGUUCAAAAAUCUGAUGAGAACCUUGUUGCUGAAGAUGCUCAUCAUCCGUCUCUUCUUGUGACGGUUAAAAGUCCUAUUCGGCGAACGAGUUUUAUAAAAGGUGUGAUUAAAUUUGAUAGCUUGAAUUUUCGUAAAGUUGACAUUGCGUUGCUUAAUGACGGCAUUUCUUCUAUUGAUUGGUCAUCUUUAUACAACUGCAGUGAUGUCAAUUUAGCGUGCAAGCUCAUAAACAAAAUAAAAAUGAAAAGCAAGUUCUGGAAAAAAUAUAAAACAUAUCGUAACGAGGAGGAUUAUAAUGAAUAUAGAAAACUGCGUAAAGAUAUCAAAGGAAAAUUGGCAAGACUUUAUAAAGAAUAUGUAGCGAAGGUUGAAAACCAAAUUUCCAGUGAUCCGAAUAAAUUUUGGCAGUUUAUUAAAUUUAAGACAAAUGGGCCAGGCGAAAUAGUGCACGCAUUUUCCGAAAUGUUUAAAUCAGUUUACAAUCCUCAUUCAUGUAUUGGGUGGAAUAACUCGCCAACAGAUAAUUUUAAUCUAUCGCAGCUUGUGUCACUUAUUCCUGUUUCAGAACAUGAUGUUAUUGAAGCUAUGCAUCAACUCAAACCUAAAUAUACGGCUGGUCCAGACCAAAUACCGGCAUUAAUCAUCAGAGAAUGUGCUGACAGUCUUGCUAGACCUUUGAAAGUUUUGUUUAAUUUAUGUCUGGAAAGUGCUUCUUUUCCAGAUAUGUGGAAAGACGCUAAAACUGAUGUUAUUUACCUUGAUUUAUCAAAGGCAUUUGAUAAAUUAGAUCAUAGUAUUCUGUUGACUAAACUUAGUAAUAUGGGCUGUACUCCAAGAGUUGUCGAAUUUUUUUCUUCUUACUUGUGUAAUCGUAAACAAUAUGUUUUCGUUCAUGGUUUUUCUUCAGAGGAAUUCAUAGCGACUUCAGGGGUACCCCAGGGAUCAGUUCUAGGACCUUUGCUAUUCAAUUUAUUUAUUAAUGAUCUCGUGGCGGAGCUGAAUGUACCAUGUCUACUAUACGCGGAUGACAUAAAGAUUUUUACUAUCAUCCGCAAUCCUUCGGAUUGUGAAACUCUUCAAAACAACCUUGACUUUGUCACAAAAUGGUGUCGCAUGAACAAGCUUCCUGUUAAUAAAAACAAAUGUGUUGUUAUGUCUUUCGGACUUAAGUUUGAUGAAAUAUUGUGGAAUUACACAAUAAAGGAUUUUCUACUGAGUAGACCGGAAAACAUGUUCAGAGGACGAACUGAUGGAUUCUAUCCUAGUGUAGGAUACUCCCAGAUCAUACUUUUAGAAAGGUUUGCUGUUCAAACUCUUACUCAAAGAAAUUGUCCCAGUUUACUUGCACAGAUCAAUUUCCAUGUAAACGUAAGAUCUUACAGUUCGAGGCAGGGAUCAUUAUUUUAUAAUCACACGCCGCGUACUAAUGUGUUGAAAUAUUCACCAUUACAAACUAUGUGCAGGCUAGGGAACUAUGUGAAUCUACACCUAGACUUAUUUCAUACCACUGUCAAUGAGCUGAGGAGUCUUGAAUAUUCGGAUUUAUCUUGA